GUAUCUAUGGUUCUAUGUGACAUGUGCCACUAAAAGAAUAUAACCUCACAAUUCGUAAACAAUAUUGUUUGUGUAAUCUAAUUAUUUUUAUAUCUCGUAUUUAUAUUAGUGGUAUGACUUCUUUUAAUUUUGUUUGGAAUAAUGAUAGCAAAGCACCCAAAAGCGCUAUAGUAGCCAAAAAAAGAAAAAAACAAAAUGAAAAUGUGGAUAUAUCUAAAAAGUUAUCGAAAACCACAGAGAUAUUAGAAACUAGCAUUGUAGGUGUUAAAAAUGAGAAAAAACAACGUGAACUAAUAGUAAGUAAUAGUGAUGAUAAAGCCGAAACUUCAAACAAAGAGUUUAAUAAGAAAAAGUUUAAUAAAAGUGAGGUUAGAGUUGAUAAAAUAGCGGAAUCGACUAAAGAAACAGAUACUGCGAGAACAUUUAUAAAACGUAAAUGGAAAAAAGACAAAUUAGCAGCCAAAAAAGCAGCAAAAGAAGGUAAUCCAAUACCAUCAAGUGAAUCUACGAAAACACCUCAACAAUAUUCGCUAUUCAACGUCGGACGUAAAGAUAUAUAUGUUAAAGGAAAUUCAAAAGGUAAAUCGGUUGUAGAAAAAGUAUUUAGUACAAGCAAAUCUUUCAGUGACUUGGAAAUACACAAAUAUAUAGUUUCUAACCUAGAAAAACAUAAUUUUACAACAUUAACGAACGUACAAGAGAAAGCUAUACCGGUUAUUCUGAAAGGACGUAACGUAUUGAUUAGAUCUCAAACUGGUUCGGGCAAAACAUUAGCGUAUGCCGUUCCAAUUCUAAAUUCCGUACAAUCCAUAACCCCCAGAUUACAAAGAACCGACGGAGUACAAGCUAUAAUCAUAGUCCCUACUAGGGAAUUAGCGCUCCAAACGCAAGAAUUACUAAAAAAAAUAAACACUUUCCAAUGGAUCGUCGUCGGUAAUUUAUGCGGUGGUGAAAACAGAAAUACGGAAAAAAAUCGACUCAGAAAAGGAGUGCAUAUACUUGUAGCAACACCCGGUAGAUUAUUGGAUCACAUGUUACAUACAAACGCAUUUAAAACUCAAAACGUACGUUGUUUGGUUUUAGACGAAGCAGAUCGUCUACUUGAUAUGGGUUUUAAAAAAGAUAUUGUAAGCAUAGUAGAGGAGCUCGAUAGAGCUAAAAAGAACGCGGAAUACGACCCUUUAGGGUUACUUAAAAAGACGUUAGAUGAAGAUAAUAAAGUCGAAGAAGAUAUUAAUAGCGAAAAAAUGCCUCUUGCGAAUGUUUCUUGUAAAUCAAGACAAACUGUUUUACUAUCGGCCACUUUAACUAAAGGAAUAGCGGAAUUGGCCGAUUUUACAAUGAAGGAUCACGUGUAUGUGGACGCUUUGGAGGAAUUUACGACACAAAAUCCUGAAAUGAUGGUGAUACCUGAAACGGUGAAGCAGAUGUUUAUCGUAACUCACGUCAAACAUCGUUUAUUCACUUUAUCCGCUUUGUUGCUACACCAGUCGAAGAUCAAUUCGAAGGUUUUCGUUUUUAUGGGUACUAGUAAUAUGGUGGAUUAUCAUUACGAGUUGUUUACGAGAUUUUUGGUUAAAAUGCCUAGAAUUAGGGGUGAAUUGAAUAGACAACAACUUGUGUUGGACCGAGAGGAAUUCGAUAGUGAUGAUGAGGAAGUUGUUGUUGAUGUGGAAUUUUUCAAGUUGCACGGUAAUAUGGAUCAGAGUGCUAGGAAGGAUGUUUUCGGUAGAUUCAGGGCGGCCGAAAAGGGAAUUUUAUUAUGUACUGACGUUGUGGCGAGAGGUAUUGACGUACCGGCGGCAGAUUGCAUCGUUCAGUAUAACGGUCCACAAAGUAUCGAGGAUUAUCUUCAUAGGGUAGGAAGAACCGGUAGGGCAGGUAAAUCUGGUACUUCGUUCAUAUUUUUGACGCACGAAGAACAAGAUUUCGUUACCCAUAUGGAAAAACAUCGAGUAUAUUUACAAAAGCAGGAAGCGGAUACGUUUUUGUCGAAUUUGAGCGACGUAAUGGACGAAAAAGAUCGCGAACAAGCAGCUACGGCCCUCCAGAGACGUUACGAAAAGGCAUUAGAAAACGACAAACAGCUACACAAAUCCGCGUGUAAUGCGUAUUCGUCAUGGUCGCGUUUUUAUAAUACGUAUUCCAAUAAAAUGCGACCGAUUUUCGAUUUCAAAAAAGCAAAUUUGGGUCAUUACGUCACUAGUUUCGCUCUAAAGGAAACCCCCACCGCCGUCGCUAGAUUGGUAAAAGGACAGUUCGUCAAAAAAGAACCCCGCAGGCUCAACAAAAAACUAGCAAAUCACGAAAACGAUAUUCCACUACAGAAACCGCCGAAAAAGAAGAAGAUCAAAUCUGUCAGUUUAUCGACUUCCGAAUUUUCAAGUGGACUGGAACCGGUCAAAAAGAAAAAGAAGAAGAAUCUCGAUAAUGACGAUUAAUGUUUUUUAUCAACAACAAAAUAAAUAAUUUUAUGUUGA